CAAAAGUGUUACAAAUAUGUAAUAUGAGUGACCAAACUUACAAUUCACCCGUCAAAGAAAAUAGCAGAGUGGCGGCAAGAACUCCAUCGGGGGCGACAGCUGAAUGGACGAGCGACCACCAAUCGCGGCCGCCACUGCCGGCGGUGGCGACCGAAUAUCAGCACUCCCCGACGCGAUCGUACACAACAUCCUUUACCGUCUCGACGCUCCAAAACAAGCCGCGAGAACGAGCUCGCUGUCCAGAAGAUGGCUCGACCUAUGGCGAUCCUAUCCGGUGCUGGAGUUUCGCGACGAGGAGCUGGAAAACUCCGCCGAAAGGCUCAACAGUUUCGCCGGAUUCGCCGCAGCCUCGGCCGUGAGGCUUUCUCUUUACCACGAGGAUCGCUUCACGCUGUUGGAUUCGUUCAAGCUAUCGCUGGCAAAGAUUCGCCAAUCGUGUCCCCAGAUCGUGGCGGAAGGGUUCGCCAUGUUGCUAGCGUCGGCGUUGGGGGCCAAUGGUGGAUCGCCGCUCGAGAUCGUGGUCAGAAGCGGCUGGCGACAUGAGUUUCCGGAGGGAUUGUUGUCCAAUUGCAGCCGCACAAAAGUUCUGAAGCUCCAAGGCUGCGACUUGAAUGGGGUGGGAUCAGUUUCUCUGCAGAAUCUUCAGGUUCUUCAUCUCGACGACGUCCAAAUUACCGAACAAUUCCUCUACGGUGUUGUGGGUAAUGCUCCUAAUCUCGAGUCGUUGAGUUUGACGUGGCUUGGAAUCGAAGGGUUGGUGGUCUCUGCUAGCAAUUUCCCCAAAUUGAAAACCCUAAUCAUUCAAACACGAGCAUACGGUUCGGGUUCUGAGUUUGACCUUCAGCUCACUGAAGCCCCGUGUCUCCAGAGAUUAGUGUUCACUGAGGUAGGGAAGCAGUGUAAGCUCAGAACAGUGUCCUUAUUUUCAGCUCCGAAGCUCACAUUUCUGAGAAUCAAGAGCUACUACAGAGGAGUAGUUGCACGGCCCGAUCUCAAUGACUUCGUCACCAAGUUGCCGUCUCUUCAGGUUCUGGAAAUCUAUCCCGUUGGGUUGGGAUGUGAUCCCCAGAUGGAAUUCCAGCUCACUUCAGCCCCAUGUCUGAAGACGUUGAAGUUUAGAGGUGACAAGGGGAUAUGCAACCUGAAUAUGGAGUCACGGUUUGCAGCUCCCAAUCUGAAAGUGUUGAAGCUCACUGUACUCGUGGGAUUUAAGCAGAACCAUCUUGAUGAUCUGAUUUCCAACUUGCCGUGCCUCGAGUCUCUUUCGUUGGAGUUCAACGAUGGCAGCAGCAGGAAAAUGAGUAAGAUCAGGAUUUGCAGUCCUCGACUUAGGGGGUUCGAGUUGCGAGACUGCAGCCGGGGCAAGGAGGAGACGCUGCAGGAGCUUGAAAUUGAUGCUCCUAAUUUGGUUAGUGCCCACUUCAGUGGAAGUAGGUUCAGGUCUCCAGGCAAGAUUAAUGUCGUGAAUGUGUCACCUGAUUGCCGAUUCGUAGUUGAAGGGUAUGAUGCCCCAGCCUCGAAGUGCGAAUGGUUUCUUGGAUUGAGGAAGUCCCUCUCAUCAUUGAGUCCUUUCCCUCUGAUUCUGAGGUUGCACGGCCUAGAUUUGUUCCGACAGGUAUGAAUAUCAAUCAACCAAUGGAUGACGCAAGUUUAUUGUUUAAGAAAUCAUAGAUCUGAAGCUAGUUACUUGUGAAUUCAUGAUUCUCGACAAUUACGCUCUCAAUCAUAUGGUUACAACUUCAUCCUCUAUUUACAGAUGCUUGUUGUUACCUCGUCCCGAUACUGAUAUAUGUAGUUUUUUUGGUUGAUGAAUUGAGGUGAAAUUCGAUUCGUAUGAAGCUGAAUGCUCCACGCCUCCAUUAAUCAUUCAACUCCUGCAAUUGGAGGCCACAUUACUACAAUCGGAGAUGACCUCGUCGUUGGAACUGUUAGAUGUACAAAAUGGUGUCACGUUCCUUGAUGGUUUGUUUUGGGCGUGCCGGCCUAAAUUCAUCUGCAUAGCUCAAGAUUCUGAUGUAAAUCGCUGGUUUGCCGAGUUCAUAUACAAGCAAUUCAAGGACAAAGACGUCGCCGACUGUUGUGUUGGUGCUAAGUGCUGGAGGCAUGAACUAAGAGAUGCGAAGAUAGAGAAUGCAUUUCAUGACAAUAUGGAGGUUUUCAAGAGCGAGCUUUCUCCCCUUGCGAAGGUUUCAUUUGUGUUAACAUGGUGUUAAUUAUCUACGCAAGUACACAGUCAAGCGAGAAAGUUGAUUUAGGCUUUUGUGUAUUUGGUGAGAUUUUAGGCUUUUCUUUGUUAGGCCUAAUAAAUUAAUUUGAAAAGAGGGUUUUUACCUUAAUCAAAUUGCUGCCUUGGCAUUUACGUAACCAUUGUGAUGGUUUGUUGUGGUGAAUGGUGUGACAAUACAUAAGGUUUACUUCUCUGGUUUCUACAACGUGAUCCAUAAAGUCAUAACCAAAUCUGGAGAAACUUAAGACGAUGA